AGCUGAUUUUAAUUAUUAAAUUUCUCAUAGUAAUCAGUGAGAUUAAGGUAUGAGUAACAUGAUGCAUAAGUAGAAGGGCCUUCACUAAAGGUAUUUACAAUUUCAAUACAUGGAGGGCUGGCAAAACAUUUCACGAGAGAGUUGAGUUAACGCUGUUAACUCCUUCCGUGAAGUCAUCAUUACGUUCUCGGGGCACGUUAUAAUUCGGCAUCAGCAUUGGGCAACUUAUGCUGGUUAAUGAUGGAUUUUAAUUUGAACGAGUAUCCAACUAAUGAUGUUGGCGAUGAAGAUGAAGUAUCGUCAAGGAAGGAAGCAUUUGUUGAUGACAAUAAUGUUGAAAAUAGAAACGAAGAUUGUGAUGAUAAUUCAGAUGUUGGAGACGGAGAUAAGGAUGAAAGCGUUGAAGAAGUUGAGGAAAAUGUUGAAGAUGAGCAACAUGUUGAGCAUGAUUGUGCCAAUUUUGUCGAUCUACUUAAUAGGAUUGAUGUACUUGAGAUGGUAUUAGAUGUUGGAAAAUCUGUGAAUGAUCCCGAAGCAGCUCAUAUUUUAUAUUGCGAGUAUGCAAGACUGAAGGGGUUUAGUGUGACAAGAGAUAACAAAGGUUACUUUAAUCAUACUAAAAUAUGUAGUUUCCAAACAUUUCUUUGCUCUUGCCAUGGUAGGAGUGAAACGAAGACAUCAUUGGAUAGAGGGAUGGCUACUUACAAGAAGCAAGAUCGAAAGACCAUGUGUAAGGCAAAGCUAAGGGUGUCACGCAGACGUAAUCAGCCAUGGAAAGUGAGUUCUUGGUACAGAGAACACAAUCAUGAAUUAUUCCCCUCUGGCCAGUCGUAUUUGUUACGGUCUGCCCGUUCUGUGUCUAAAUGUAAGAAACUUUUGAUAGAAGCAAUGAAUUCAGCAGGCAUUGGCAUCUCUCGGGCUUGUGCAUUCAUUGAGAAGGAGUCAGGCGGGCCACAAAAUUGUGGUUUUACACGGAAGGAUGCUUAUAAUCACAUUAAUGGCUUAAAGAUGAAGACAAAAGUGGAAAACGGUGAUGCAAAUAGCCUUAUUCAAUAUUUCAGCAAGAUGUCGAAUAGUGAGACAUUCUUUUAUUUUGACUUUCAAGUAGAUGAUGAAGGGCGACUUAUGAAUUUUUUCUUCAGAGACUCUCGCAGCUCUUUGGACUACGAUUAUUUCGGAGAUGUGUUGUCUGUAGAUAGUACGUAUCGGACCAACAGAUACAAGCUUGUUUGUGUUUCUUUUGUUGGUGUGAACCAUCAUUUGAAGAAUGUUAUGUUUGGAAUUGGUUUCCUAUCUGAUGAAACCACCCGAUCUUACGAAUGGUUACUUUCCACUUUCUUGAAGUCUAUGCAUUCGAAACAACCGGACAUAAUUUUUACGGAUCAAUGCCAAUCGCUUAUGAAUGCAAUUGAUUCCGUAUUCCCGAGCGCUAGUCAUCGUCUAUGUCAGUGGCAUAUCAACCAAAACGCGCCAUCGCAUUUUGGGAAGUUGAAUGGGAAUUCAUUCUUCAAAAAAGCUUGGUUUCAUUGUAUGAAUGGAUGUGAUACUGAGGAUGAAUUUGAAGUAAUGUGGAUGUGUAUGAUUGAUGAAUACAGGCUUGAAGAGAAUAGAUGGUUUAAUACCAUGUACGGGUUGAAAAAGAGGUGGUCCUCUGUCUUUACAAAUCAGCGAUUUUGUGCCGGCCUACAUGCAACAUCGCGUAGUGAGGUAACAAACAAGGUUAUUAAGAACCUUUGUAGUGCAAGCAUAUCAUUACAUGAUUUUGUGCUUAAGUUUGAAGAAGUACAAAUUCAAUGGCGGCGAAAAGAAGCUGAAGAGGAUGCACUCUGUAUAGGAAUGCCAGGGUUAUUUGUGCAAAACAAUGAAUUGUUGAAUAGUGCAGCUAAAUUCUUGACACGAAGUGUGUUUCGAAAAUUGGAGCAUGAGGCUAGUUAUUCAAUGAACGUUGAUUUAAUCAAAGGGCCAUCAAGUUAUGCUUCUGAUGACAUAGAAUUCACCGUGUCUUCUGGUAACUCUGGUGGGAACCCGAGGCUUGUUAAAUUCAAUAGAUCAAGUGAGCUUGCUAGCUGCACGUGUCGUCUUUUCGAAACAGCGGGAUUUCUGUGUUCUCACAUUUUCAAGAUUUAUUAUCUUAUGAAUGUGAAAAGCAUUCCAAAAGAAUAUUUAUUGACCAGACUAUCUCGGCUGGCGAAGAAUAGAAUUUCGAUGAAUGUAGAUUUCGGCAACGCUGUAGAGAAUGAUACGGAGCUGCAUAUAUCCAGUUUGGCCUUUGUGAAUCACUUGAUGCGGUCGACAUAUGAGCUUGCCGAAUAUGCAAAAAUGCAUAGUGAUAAGCGUGGCCUUAUUAUGAACCGCCUAGCAUCAUUGCGUAAGGAGGUUUAUGGUUCGAAAAAAGACUCAAAUGUGUCUGCAAGACAAAAGCCUAACUUGCCGAAAGGAGGUGUUGCAUUUCGAAAUCCGAAAGUGGCAAAGACACGUGGUGAAACCAAUUCAAGAAUUGAAAGACACUGGGAUAGAUCUAAAGGCAAGGGCAAGGAGAAAAUACAGAAGAAGAAAGCAGGUGAGUUGUCCGAAAUUUUUUGGCAAAGGCCGAACAAUUUUAGAAAAUUUCCGAAAAUUUGUCGCGUUGGCCGAAUUUUUUUCCCACGCGCCGAAAUAUUUGCCCAAGGUUAUGAAACUCGUGCAUCUCAGAAACGUAAGUUGCAGCACUCGGACAAUGUUAGGAACUGUACAUUGUUUGAUAUGCCAUGUGGUUCUGUGGGUACUGCUAAUCCUAAUGACACACCUACUUCUCCACGGACUCAUUCUGAUUCUGUGGCAUAUGCGAAAAUUAUUACUGGUGAAGAACCUGUAAAUACCACUCCAACUGACGACUCUAAAGGUGGCCAAAGGCGUCCAUCUAAGAAACGUAAGUUGCACAACUCCGACGAUGUUAGUAACCCUGCACCCUUCGCUAUGCAAUCGGCUUCUCAUGAUAAUGAUGUCCCAUAUGAUACUUGGGAUGAAAAUUUUGGUUGGAUUCAUGCUGAUUCUAGGACAUAUGUAAAUAUUAUUGAUAAUGAAGAACCAGUAAUACCCAAUCUGGAUGACGACUAUGAGGACUUGGACUUGAACUUUAGUCUUUCAAGGAUUUGAGGAGUUUUAUAGCAAAUACCUUGAACUUUUUUGUUUUUGAAUCUAUAAGUGUACAUAUCAUUAGAAGGUACAUGUUCGGGGAAAAAUUGCGAAUAUAUUUAAAGCUCUGUUUAAUGCUUUUUAUUGUUGCCGAAAACAGUUACACUCCGGCAGCUUUGUCGGCGAAUUGUCUUCAUUGUUCGGCGAAUAGGUUAGGCAGAUGUCGAAUAUUCUAUCGUUUUGGUGUUUUAUUUGAUCUAUAUUUUUAUUUUGCCGAUGUUCUA